CUCGCGUGUUGUCAUCCCUGUCAAAUUGGGUAUAAAAUCAUUGGCAGAUCUCGUUGGAAAGCAUUAGUCUUCCAACUGUUUCUAGCAAUCCACUACCACUCCAACAUGAAGUUCUUCAUCAUCGCUGCCCUCGUCGCCGUCGCUGCCGCCGCUGACUACGCCCCCAAGUACCAGGCUCCCAAAUACGAGAAAGCCACUUACACCCCGGCGUACGCACCCAAAUACGAAGCCAAAUACGAGGAAGUUACCUAUGCCCCACAGCCGUACAGCUUCGAAUACGACGUCCAGGAUAAGGAAUCUUACAAUGAUUUCCUCCACUCUGAGAAAUCCGACUACAACGUUGUCACCGGAUCUUAUCGCGUUGCUCUCCCCGAUGGCCGCACCCAAAUCGUCACCUACAGGGCCGAUAAGGACGGAUACAACGCCGAUGUGAAAUACGAAGGAGAGGCCAAAUACCCCGAGUACGUCGAGAAGCAAUACAAGGCAGCUUCCUACCCCGCUCCGGCUUACUCUGCCCCAGCCUACAAGGCCCCUGAAUACAAAGCCCCCGCCUACGUUGCCCCCGUCUACUCUGCCCCAGUCUACAAGGCCCCCGCUUACUCUGCUCCCGCUUACACCGCCCCGGCCUAUAAGCCGAAAACUUCUUACGUCGCUGCCCCCUCAUACAAAGCCCCAGCAGCCUACCCUAAAUAUUAAAUUUCCAUAAUGACUUAUGGACUAUAUAUUCUAAAUUGAUUAUUUAAUAAAAACAUCAU